CGGGCGCGGCGGAACACGUGCGACGAUUUUUUUUGUGACGGGCGCGCACGUACACGCGGAUGCAAUGUUCAAAAAGUUGUCGCGCAGCGACGCCCUCGAGGACAUAUCAAAUUGGAGUACCAACGACGUAUUGUGCUUGUUGCGAAAGAGCGGUUUGAAAGGAUGUUGCGAAGCGAUAGCCAAACGGCAAAUCGGUGGCGACGAACUAUUGCACUUGACGGAAGGGAAGCUGGCACUGUGGAAGAGUGACCUCACGCGUCCAUUGAUAUGGAGCCUCUGGGCGUUAAUCGAAGAAGUGAGAAGAUCGCCAGAGAAGUUCGUCGAAGAGAAGAUCCUCGAGACGCAGGUGGACGAUCAUCUGAGCGACACUGAAUCCUGGGACACGGACUUCGACGAUGAAGUUGGCGAGGACAGUACCUUACCCGAUAUCCAAACAGGAGAAUCGAUUCACGGUUUUAGAAACAAGCAAAAGAGUUCACAUAGCAAUACGGAGAAGAGAAUAGAUGGAAGAACAGAUGGGGCCUCUGGACAAGAGGAUGAAGGGACUUACGCCAACUGUGGUUCUCUUCAAGAGGAGGUGAAUACCUAUGCGAAUUGCCAAGAACCGAAGAUUCUGCCGCCGAAAAAUACGUCGAAGCUGCAUGGUCAGGCCGAAAAGUCGUUGGCCGAACAGCUCAAGGAACAGUUGAAGUUGAUGAACACGCAGAAACCAGCUACGGGACCGAAACCUGAAUCGUUGAAAGCGAAGAAGAUCGAGGUCACCCCAUUGGGCCGUAACCAGUCGCAGAAAUCGUUUUUACAUAAUGCUUCGAAAGCGAAACCGAACGUUCCUAAUCAGAUGCAAAAAAGGAUGGCGGUGCCUCCGCCUCCAGAACCCAGGAAGACCAAGGAUCAGGCUGUGAUCAUAGAGAAGCCUUUAACGACCUUGAAGAAUCUUGAUCUUGUAGCAAAUUUACCGGCGCAGACCGAGGGGAGCGACGACGAAUACGAAUCGUUCGACGAACAGAUUAUCGAGCAAAAUCAAAAGAAAAAUAUACCGAGGGUGGACAGUAAACAGUCGUUGACCAGUGGCCAUCAGAGCUCCGUGGAGAGCGUGUAUCAAGCGCCUAGUGUUACCAGUUUCGAGGAGGAAGAGUAUUUACCGGAUGAGAUUUAUCAGACAAUCGCGGAAACACCCGACGAUAAUGAAUACUACUUGAGGCCCAUUCAAAGGACACCGCCCGCGAGACCGCCACCGCCACUGCCAGCAAAGCCUCCCCAGUCUUCGGCUAGUCCGUCUCCGACAUCAAGCCAGUCGAGCCUAGAAAAGUCGAAAGAACGAUCCCCCGAUAAGAAAUCAGCAACGCUGCCUCACUCGAAUAGCAAUACCUCGUUGUCUUCGGAAAGAGCCGUCAGAUCAUUGCCACGACCCCCUGAGAAGCAUUCGUACGUCGACAAGCCUUGGUACCACAAUGUUUCUAGAGAUCAGGCAACGGCUCUCAUCAAAGAACAAAGUACUUAUGGUAACCCACAAGACGGCUACUUCCUCCUGAGACCGUCAGCCUCGGUCGUGAACAACCCCCUGACUCUGGUCCUUUGGUACAAAGAUAGGGUCUACAAUGUACCAGUCAGGAGGAGACCAGACAACAGGUACGCUUUGGGUUUCGCGAAAGUGAACGAACAGUCGUUCUCCAGCGUGGAGGAUAUCGUGAUGUUUUACACGAGGGAGGAACUGGUCCUCCACAGCGGCGGAGUCAACAUGGGGAGCACGAAGUUGACCGAUACACCCCCAAAAUAA